GAUCUUGCGUUUGUUUCCAUCUCCGCCUCCUUCUGGAGCCGAUAAGGAGAGGCGUUUCGUCAUGUGUAAAGAGACAGUUUUACCGCAAUGCUAUUUCAAUAGCUCUCCAGCUCCGUGCGAGAGCCACUGACCCAAGAGGAAAGGGUGGUGCCGCGCACUGGCAUAGUCCAUGCGCGUUUACGCGUUUAUUUGGAGUCGGCUCGCAGAGAAGAAGCGAGCGGAGCAGGUGUGCGCUUUCAGUCUAGAUUCAGACCUCGUCUCUCUCGUCCCUGACUUUGAUGGACUUACGUGCGGCGCGUUAACUGCGGUGGAUGACUCCAUAUGCUUGCUUAUUGCUCAGGGUGAAAGUGUCCUUCUUCAGAACACAGAUCAGCGGAGAUCUUCAUCAUGAAUACAGGUAGUGAUUCCCAGUCAUCAGAUUCAGAUGCCUGGCGUUCACACAGUGUGUCUGAGGGGUUAAGGAAUGGAGAUCCCAGCAGUUCGUCCUUGACUGCUAAAGGCUUCCGCAGCAUUAAACCAAGCCUACAGGAUAAAAAAUCUCCGACACCGGUCCCCUCGCCACCCCCUCGGAGAGAGAGCUAUCACAUGACCCCUAACCCCCCAUCUUACAGUUCCCUUGCAUUGCUGUCAGACACCUCCCUCUCUUCCCCACAGAUUAAUGAAGUCAUUUCCUCAGGCUCUUACACCAUCCAAUCUAGUGCCACCUCCUCAUACUCAUACUCUAAGAACACCCGAACCUCCACUAGCACCUCUGGAGCCCCACUCGAGGAGCCCCCCUUGUCCCAACAGGCUAAUGCUAACAGUUUUAUCACUCGGGUUCUGGGGAACAAAUUGUCAUCCUCAAAAUUCUCAAGCGACCUACUAAAUGAAGCACCUAACAAGAUGAACAUGAUUAAAACUGACCCUAAGUCUAAAACUAAGCCAUCUGCUUCCCCACCUCAAGACCCCACUGCUACUUCUGAAACACACGUAGCUUCUCUCUCCGUCCAGUUAGCUCCUCGCAGUCCAGAACCUCAAGCAGAGGCCCAGUCAGGGCUUGAGACUAGAUCCAGGACAAACGCAGUGGACCACGCUGACCCCAUGCGAGCCCCUGUUGUACCACCAAGACCAGCAAGCAGUUUGGUGCGUGAGUUUUCCCCUGUAAGAGGGAGCACCGGGCCGUUCUCUUCUGGACCGCCCUCCCCAGACCCUUCAGCUCGCCGGUCACCGUAUAGCCGGGCCAGUCAGGAUUCCCCUGACUUCCUGUCAGGGUUAUUGCCCAAAGCCCUGUCACCAACACCCUAUACCCCUCUGGAACGUUCUGGGCUAAUGUCGGCCUCACCUGCCCCGUCACCAGUAACCGUGUCAGCGUUGAGUCAUUAUUCAUCAUCCACAGCUGGGCUGGAGGAGCUGCAGAUCUGCGGCAUGGACUCCUCCCCUGCAGGCACACCCACCCCAUCCCCCACACUCAGCCAUGCCUCCAACGUCCCUGACGAGCUUCCUACCGCCCCGUCAACUGCCAUGGGCACUAACGGUCAGAUGGCAGUGAACGGAAGCUCUCAAUCUCGGAGGCCCUUUUCUCCGCCUGUGUACCCGCCUCCACCCCCAAACCUCAGCCCUGGCCUGGUAAAGAUCCAGCAGGGUCGUAGUUCAGAGGGUUCAGAGACGGUGAAGAGAGAGACCGUUGUCUCUGGUCAGACAGUGGUCAGUAGCUCUGUGCCCAUUGCUCGUUUCUCAGAGGAAGAGAAGAAGGUGUCCAUCAUAAAAGCUCCCCAUUACGAAGGCAUUGGACCAGUGGAUGAGUCAGGCAUUCCCAUCGCCAUCCGAACGACUGUGGACAGACCCAAGGACUGGUACAAGACCAUGUUCAAACAGAUCCACAUGGUUCAUAAAGCAGAUGAUGACUAUGCAGACACAUACAAUGCAACAUACGCUGUCAUAAACGAUGAAAAUUACCCUCCUGUCCAUGCCCACCCGCCCCCUCGAACGCACACCUACCGGCCUCUCUCUAGAAAUACCUCAGACACGCCAGACGGUGCCAUCCACCGGGAGCUCUCGCCAUCUCCCGUGCCCCCUCCACCCCCUCCGAUGCCCUCUCUCCUCCAGCUCCGCUCACGAGACAUGGACAGAGAGAAAGAGUUCUCGCACGACCCAAAUGAGUGGGGUCCUCCAGAUCGAAAAGUGGACACACGUAAAUACCGAGCAGAACCACGGAGCAUCUUUGAAUAUGAGCCUGGCAAAUCCUCAAUCCUUGAGCAAGAAAGGCCUAUGUUUGAUUUAAACCCAGAUGACAUAGAUUUAGAGAAUGAGCCUUGGUUUAAAUUCUUUUCCGAGCUGGAGUUUGGACGGCCGCCUCCUAAAAAGAGGUUGGAUUAUAAUCCUGACUACUCCACACAUGCUGUGGCACAGUCAUCCCUCUAUCUCUCGCCUUCCGAACGACCUGACGGCACUACAAGUUCUGCGAGUGACUACAAGACAAGGCGAAAGUCGGAACCAUCUGUCACUCAAGCCAACACAGGAAGUGAGCAGAAUGUCAGUCAAGUGUUUUCCCGCCCACUGGAUGCCAGUAAAGCACAGACACUGAAGAAGCCCACCAUACGUUCCUCGCCCUCCUCACCAUCCAGACCCAAAGCUGGAGACGCUAGUGAGUCACUCUCCUCCUGUAUGAGCUCUCCAGGUAUGGAGCGCCCUUCCUCCCAUCUCUCCUCAGACUCCCUCACUAUCUCCACACCAACCUGGCGUGGCUCCAAGCGCUCCAUCUGCUUCAAGAACGGUUGGCAGACAGGCCGGCAUGAAGCUGCGGAGACUUGGAGUAGUGUUGACGAUGAAUCUGUCGUGACUCCUUCAUCACCACGGCUCAAAUCACGCAGCUGUGAUGACUUGCUGUCUGAUGGACAUGGUGCUAAUAAUAAUGGGAGAGCGUCCACUUCUGUGACUACCACUCGCUCUGAAAGUGCAGAUUCAUUGCUUGAUGAAGACACUCCACAGAAACCUCAAGUAAAAAGUCUUACCUCAUCUCCCAGGGGGCGCCGACAUCACCGGCGUAAGAUGCCACACGAUGCUCCAGGUUUCCUUCAGCUCUACAAGAAAAUGCACCACAUAGACAGAGAACAAUUAUUGCCCUCAGAGGUGAUCCGUUCUGUACGUGCAAGAAUCCUUGAGCUGGAGCGGCUACAACAACAACAGAGGCACAACCUCCACGGAUGGGCACCUUUUGGUAAUGAGGUACCACGACAAAUGGUCCCAAACCGUAUAUCGGAAUAUGAACAGCUUAUCCAGAAAUCCAAGUCCAUGCCAGACCUUGGUGAUGAAAAUGCCCCAUCAGGCACCACCACACCAGGGUCCUCGAGGGCCAGCAGCUGUCCCAAACGACGCUUUUCUGUGGAAUCACUUUUGGAGGAGGAGGAUCCUCCAGAAAGGGCUCGAAGUCCCCCUGAGGGACAGCCAAGACCAGGACAAGACAACAGUAGCCUGGUGCAAAUUUAUGGGAAGAACCAGAGGCAGCAUCAAGACUACUCAGACAGUGAGCAAGACGCAUGUGCCUCCGAAAUGAGUGACGUCCACAUAGAAGGGUCUUCACUGUGUAGCGAGAGCGACCUGGAUCAUUGCUCACUUACCUCAUCGGAAAGCUUCUUCGGUUCUGGGCAGCAUCACCAUCAUGGACACCAUCAUCAUGGACAACGUUACCACCGCCACCAUCACCUCCACCAGAGUGUGGGUCAGAGUCAAGGUUACCAACACCGCCACCUCAUCAGCUCCUGUAAGGGUCGCUGCCCUGCAUCCUAUACACGAUUCACCACCAUGCUAAAACACGAGAGACAACAAGAAAGGGCUCGGCAGGAGUCCCACACUGCCGCUACGUCUCCACUAGCGCAACAGUCACCCAGUGAGUCAGGCCUUUCAAAACUGGCCUUCCUGGUCAGCCCUGUGCCUUUCCGCCGGAAACGAGGCUCCCCACCAACCCAACGGCGACACUGCAGAAGCGGUCGGCCAAAAUCCAAAACCGCAAUUUAUGAGGCUUUAGAUGCCGCUUUGCAGGACAUUUAUGACCACAUAAGGGCGGAAAGGGGGCAGGGACCAGCAAGGUUGCCAGAUGAUAGCAUAUUGCGGCGGUUAUUGGAGGAGUUGCUACCAGACGUGCCCAAACGUAGCUCCUCCUUGCGGGCACAGAGAGGGUCCGGCUCCCCCUCCUCGCUCAAUGUCAACCAGCCUUACCAUGGAGCCCACCAAUGUGCCUCCUACCAGCAGCAACACCACCUUACAGACGCCUCCAACAACAACCAGCAUAAUGCUAAUGCUAAUGUGCACUGCUACUCAGAUCAGGGCUCUGAUGCAGGACGUCUCACACCACAAAGCAGAAGACCCACGCCAGAAAGAGAGAAACAGUCUGCCAGGGCUAUUUAUGAUUUUAAAGCUCAGUCUGCAAAGGAAAUUUCCUUUAAGAAAGGUGAUGCUGUCAGCAUCAUCAGACAGAUUGACAGUAACUGGUAUGAGGGGGAACACAGAGGACGGAUUGGGAUUUUCCCCAUCUCUUAUGUCGAGAAGGUGGCGUCUCCAGAGCGGAGGCAGCCUGUCAGGCCUCCUCCUCCGGCUCAGGUUCGAGAGAUGGGAGAAGCCAUAGCACGAUACAACUUCAAUGCUGACACUAACGUGGAGCUUUCUCUUAGAAAGGGGGAGCGAGUGAUCCUGCUAAGGAAGGUGGAUCAGAAUUGGUAUGAAGGAAAGAUUCCUGGUUCAAACAAGCAGGGCAUUUUCCCAAUGUCCUAUGUCGAUGUGACCAAGGGCUCUCCUUCCAAGAGCCCCAGUCACCAAGGAGACACGCACACAUACAGGGCACAUAAGAAAAUGAUGCAGGAUUCUCAGCAUUCAGGUGGUGACCCCUUCCGAGCUGUGUUCAACUAUGUGCCUCGUAAUGAGGAUGAGCUGGAGCUGAAGGAUGGGGACGUUAUUGAUGUUAUCGAAAAAUGUGAUGAUGGCUGGUUUGUGGGUACCUCUCGGAGAACCAAGUUAUUUGGAACGUUCCCAGGAAACUAUGUUAAACCGCUUUAAUGGCACAAAUAUGGCCACUCCAGUGCCUACUGUGUAGGGCCAACAAGGCACCUCACCUUUGAGAAAGUGUGUGUGUCCAUAUGUGUGAGUGUGUUCACAACCACAGCAGUUUUAGCUCUGUCAUGUCCACACAACUGAAGUUUAUUUCACCUUGAGCUUUUUUUUUGCCAUCACAGAGUCUCCUUAUUGUUCUUUCAUCUGCUAUUCUGAAUACAGCUCAUUCAGGAAAGUUUUUCCUGUUAUAUUGGCAUUUUGUAAUUUUUCAGGAUGCACUAGAGUUAGUAUGGCGAGGAUUGAAGCAGCCAUGGUAUUGAGUGAGGUCAGUAGAUCAGUAUAAAUGGUAGACACAUGGGAAAGUGUGUCUGAGAAGAAACCUCAGGCAUCAGUGUUCAACUGAGUGUGUGUAUGUGUGUGUGAGUAUUGUGUAUUAAACAUUACAAAGUUAAUAGCAAUAGAGUCCACUGGUUAUAGAUGAGGAUGGAUAGUUUUAUUAAAAUUAGCUAAAGGUGAAAUCAUGGACAAUUAUGAAAUUGCUCAUUCCCCUUGUGUGUGGCCAAAACCAAUAAGUGAUAGGACCAGAUGUGCUUUAAACAGUUGUAUAGGUAACAACACUUUUGACAUACAGAAUUACAAAAUAACUGUCAUUGAGCAAUUUUUGCUGUUGCUGAAGUGGCAAUCAUUCAUAUACCAUAGGAUAAUGUAAUCAGUGCAUUGUGGGUAUUUGUAUAAGUUGUCUGUUGAAAGUGCAUUGAUAUUCUGGGAAGAAAAGAUGCUUUUAUGGAAUUUGGUAACAAAUAUUUGAUUAGUGAACUUUUUUCUAAUGUUUACUUGUGAAUUUUAUGAACAGACUGAGUUUAAGAAUUGUAAACCAGGUGUCAGUGAACCACCUUUAAAAAAAAAAAUUAAGAAAUAAUAAAAAAUAAAAAAACAAACAAAAAUGUAAAUCAAUAUUAAAUCAUUGCUUGUUUUAGUAAUGAUUGACAACAAUGUUACAACAACAAGGUGAGCCUGCUCUGAUGUUUCCAUUUCUUAUUUGUUAACCUAAAUUAACUAAUUUAUCUAAAACGUAAUUUCGAAAGUUUGAUCUCUGAUAUAAAACUUAAAUGAUGUCAUUUAUCUGCCACGUUUCUCAUGAGAUUCACUCUUUUACAAUUGCAUCAUAUAACAUAAUAGAGAGAGUUGUUGGUCUUUGAUGAAUGUCUGUAUGCUUGUCUGACGUUCAGUGUUAUGUUAAGUUUUUCGAAGGAUUUGUGUAUCAGUAUUUUCUGCACUAAGUGUAUCACUUUUUGUGUUCUCAUCUGAAAGCAUAAAGCUUUUGUUGCAUUGGCUUUUACAAGUAUGUAUAUUUAGUAUAAGGAAAAGUGUGUCUAUGAAUUUCACAGACAGCAGAGCAAUCUUAAAGCACCUUAAACAUUUAUCGGUUCUACUUUUUUUUUCUUAAAGUUGAAGUGUGUAAGAAUUUGGGUAAUAAAUAAUUAAUCUCCUUUUGUAGAUUAAUAUGCAGGGACAACUACUGUAAGUAAACCUUUCAUAGGUUGAAUAAUUUAUAGCUUUGUUCAUCCGAGCACAAUCAAUGGUUUGAGUUUGGGGCGGGGCUUUCUGUUUGUCUGACCAAUGGCAGAUGGGAAGUGUUUUGGAAACCUGUUUGAAAACAAUUGCAAUAAUGUUUGAUGGGACAGAAAUGACACACUUCAGCUUUAAAAUGUUUUAAUAACACUGUUUGCAUUUUCCAGCUUCACGGCUGUUUGCUGAUUCUUUAUUUGUCCUUUUGUAUUGUACUGUACAUGAGUUUCACUUGCAUUAUAAAGCCCUUCCUUUCUCACUUUUGCUUUCUUUCAUCUGUUUUAGCCCUUAAUACUUCAUCACAUGUGCCAAAUUUCUUCUUCAACAACUCUGGUGCAAAAAAAGAAAGAAAACGUAUGCAAAAAAUAGACAAAAAGGAUUAUUGGGGACUAAUAAAGGACUUUCUUCAGUACAGGAUGGAGACUGAUGCACACUCUAGUCAAACUGGAUUUAGGAGAUUUUUGUCACAGUUUGCAAACUACUGUCCUCUACUAAAGACAGUGGAUUUUUUGGAAGACAUUUUUUGCCUUUUUCCGUAUAGCCUUUUGACUGAACAACAUAUAGUGUUAUUUGAUGUGUGUGCUUGAUGAGCUGGUGAGCUUGAGAGAAUCAAGUUUAACCUGCUCACUUUCAAAUAAAGAUUUCUUUCUCUGUCUCUCACUCUCUUUCUUUUUCUAUCUUUCUCUGUCUCUCUCUCUCUCUAUCUCUUUUUUGUUCCAUAUCCAAUAAAUUUUUGCUUAGUUAUUCAA